GCACAACGCCCGAAGCUAGAAUUCCUUGGGUAGUCGGGUUUGCAAUUAGCGGAACUUGUUCGAGUCGCCCUGAAGGCUCAUCGAGGCCGCACGCGGGUAGUUGCUAAGCAAAAGAAUCUUUGGUCAACUGCCACCUAAGUCAAAGCAACAGGAACUCCAGCCCUGCAUCAUGCCUCAUAUUGACAAUGAUGUGAAACUAGACUUCAAGGAUGUCCUGUUGAGACCCAAACGCAGCACUCUUAAGUCUCGAAGUGAGAUCUCACAAGAUCAUUUUCGUUCCGGAACUCAAAGCAGAUGUACAAUGGCAUCCCCAUCAUUGCUGCCAAUAUGGAUACUGUGGGUACUUUUGAAAUGGCUAAGGUUCUCUGUAAGGUGAGAUUAACCUUAUGCACCCUACCAGAUGUUAUCCCAGCUGGCUACAGAGGCAUUACAUCUCUACUCUCAGUCUCUGGCAAUUAACAGAAUGUUGGGUUUACUAAUUUUUCCAUUACUAAGAACCCUUUGAUCAGUUCAUAGAUCUGUCUGAACUAAUGAGACUCAAAAUUAGCUUUGUUUCAUCCUUUUUAUUUAUAACUCUCCAUAAGUUAUAUCUUUACCAAAUUCUUCCAGUGCUCACUCGGGUCAACCCAAUCACAUGCAUUUCUUUAGACAGUCGUCGUUUGAACUUUAAACAGUCACUGUUUUAGUCCAGAAAUUAAAUACUGUUUUGAGUAUUUAAAAUUUUCUACCUGGAAUAUCACAGAGAAAAGGAGUUUAUUAGGUUUCGUGUAUGCCUACUGUUCUUUUAAUUUUUCACUUCUUUAAGUUCUAGGUUCCUGGGAGUUUCUGAGAUCUAUCCCAAAUGGAAGUUUUGUUCUUAAAUACAGACUGUUCCCUUUGAAAAUGGAAGACACUGCUCCUGUCAGUAAUAUCUCUUGCUUCUGUGCAUGUAGCUGAGAAGGUAGAUAGUUGCCUGGGCACUUUUGAGAACAUAGUGUGCUUUGCUAGUUACCCCAUGUAGCCCCAGCUGAUGAAUUCUGUUUCUGUUUGUGGCUGUUAGCCUUAAAGACCUUGGUUUUUUAUUUUGUUUUUCUGUUUUUAUAGAAUGUUUGUUGUGCUUUCUCUGAGAUUGAUAAUUACGGAGUUUUAUUACCUUAUUCCUGUUACCAUUUACUAACCCUUCAGGGUUCCAUCUGUUAUCUCUUGUCUGCCUUCUCUGACAGGUAGAUUUGGGGAACUGGCAAAUCUGUUAAAAGACAUGCUGUAAUCCAUGAACCUUACUGAGGACUGGAUUUCAAAACUGUGGACCAGUACUACAGAAAUCAAAUUUUAGAAAAAUAGCCAAGUCUCAAUAAUGAUAAAAAGGUUAGAUACAAGCCAAGUUUUUCUUAGGGUUUGUAUGUAUUUGGGUAAACUUAUUAAGCCAACAUAUCUCCAAGGCCUGCUGACCACCUAUAGCUUUUGAUUAUCAACAUGUUGACAGUUGACUUUUACUGAGAAAGCAGAAUACUGGCUUUUAUGCAUAGAACUCCCUGUGGUUGACUGAUACAUGACUUCCUUGUAUUUCUUCUCACUUGAAAAAUUUGUGCUGUUUCAACCAACUACUGACUCUUGGGGUUGCACAUUUACGCUCAGAAAGCAAAAACACCAGUAUUUAGUGUCUUCUCCAUGUCUUUCUCACAGUAUUGAGAUACUUGCAAUUUCAUGAGUCAGAGGUUUUAUUUAUUAAGACAGGGUUUUUUUGUAUAACCUUUGCUGUGUUGGAACUUUGCUUUGUAGACCAGGCUCUCCUUGAACUCAAAAAUCUGCCUGCCUCUGCCUCCCAAGUACUGGGAUUAAAAACCUGUGCCACCACUGCCUGGGAAUCAUUGUCUUUUUGAAUUUGCCUAAGAGAGAUGACAUUGAUCUCUGCAUUUGCAUGUUUAUGUCCCUAACAUGAAAAUCUGUUCUUUUCCAGCAGAAAAGAGAAUAGUUGUGAUAGUAUUUUGUUGCUCCACCAGUCUUAAACCCUUAACUUUGUGUGUUGGAUUACUGCCAGCAAGUAAAACAAAAGAGAGGAAAACACAGUUUGAGAACUGGAUCCCCUUAGAGCUGAAUGUAGACAAACUCCUCCAUUUAGCCUCUUUAGUUCUUCCAGACCUGUUACUUGUUUUAUUGUGCCAAGCGCAUGUCCCUAUCACUUUUAAGGUCAUGAACAAUGUGCUAGUGUUGAAAUCCAACCUGAACACACAGUACUUUGGUAGGAAUACCAGACGAGUGCUAAUAGAGUAAAGGCUGUAACUGGGAUUGUAGGACUAACAGUGGCUAAGUCAGCUCAGCCAUGAACUUCCUCAUACUAUUGUCUCAUUUUCUCUCAAGGCAGUAUAACGAUAUAUCUAGAUAGUCUAAUCAAGUUUCUGGCCUUUUGAUGGUUCUUUUGUCUCUUCAGUUCUCCCUGUUCACUGCCAUCCAUAAGCACUACAGCAUCCAUCAAUGGCAAGAGUUUGCUAGCCAGAAUCCUGACUGUCUUGAGUAUCUAGCUGCCAGCUCAGGCACAGGCUCUGCUGACUUUGAGCAGCUGGAACAGAUCCUGGAAGCUAUUCCUCAAGUAAAAUAUAUAUGCCUGGAUGUGGCUAAUGGCUACUCUGAACAUUUUGUUGAAUUUGUAAAGGAUGUACGGAAGCGAUUCCCCCAACACACCAUCAUGGCAGGAAAUGUGGUAACAGGAGAGAUGGUAGAAGAGCUAAUCCUCUCUGGGGCUGACAUCAUCAAAGUGGGAAUUGGUCCUGGCUCUGUUUGUACAACUCGGAAGAAAACUGGAGUGGGGUAUCCACAACUCAGUGCAGUGAUGGAGUGUGCAGAUGCUGCUCAUGGCCUCAAAGGCCAUAUCAUUUCAGAUGGAGGCUGCAGCUGUCCUGGGGAUGUGGCAAAGGCUUUUGGGGCAGGGGCUGACUUUGUGAUGCUGGGUGGCAUGCUGGCCGGGCACAGUGAAUCAGGUGGUGAGCUCAUUGAGAGAGAUGGCAAAAAAUACAAACUCUUCUAUGGAAUGAGUUCUGAAAUGGCCAUGAAGAAGUAUUCAGGAGGUGUGGCUGAAUACAGGGCCUCAGAGGGAAAGAUAGUAGAAGUUCCCUUUAAAGGCGAUGUGGAACAUACUAUUCGUGACAUCCUAGGAGGCAUCCGGUCUACAUGCACAUAUGUAGGGGCUGCUAAGCUGAAGGAAUUAAGUCGGAGAACUACUUUUAUCCGAGUCACCCAGCAAGUGAAUCCAAUCUUCAACAAUUCCCAGUAGACCCAACAAGUCUACUUUCCUGAGGCAACAACACUGCUGGUGUAGCCUCCCAACAGGGUGUGCCUCACCCAUGGCAGGCAGCCCCAUGUGGUGGUGGUGGUGGUGGCUACCAGUUCCGGUUCUCGAUCCUCUACUCACUCCUGCUUCUCUAGCUGCGCACACAAAAGGCUACAGGAGAGAGGGAGGCGAGGGAGAAGAUGUGAAAUCUGCAAAUGACAAUCUGGGGACAGCCCCUGAAGAUUAGGAAAAAAGGAUGCUGAUUCAUACAGAAAUGGCAGACUUUGGUCUGGAAAAGGAAAGCUGUUGGAAUCAUGUUAACCGGCUUCAUUAAAUGAGAUCAUCAAAUGUCUAAACAGCUAA